UCAUAAAGAGGAAAAAGAGGAAAUUCCCAAUGCUCAGUCAGUCUCACACAUUUUUAUGUCACCUCAGAAGGCCCCACAAUUCUGAAGAUUUGACCGGCUUUACUCCGGCGGUCCGUCACGACAAGUCUGGAAGGCCGAGCUCGCGACUUAGAGGUGUUUACUUGGCUUGAACUACAUUAUAUCAAGAGUUGCUCGGUUGGAAGUCCUAUCAACAUUGUAUAUUCUCCUAAUUUUCCAAAAUUUGGUUGUCACUAGCAUGGCGAACGCAACCAUACAUACAGCUCAGAAGCUCCCAACUUUUCUGCUUCCUAGGUUGAGCUGGCAAGGUCCGGCUGGAUCUUCCCAAGUGCUGCGAUCAAUAGCUUUUCCUGCAGUCUACGACAGAAAGCCAUUCGGAUCAACUCAGUCCUCGAAACUCCAUACAUUCUGCCCCCCGCCACAAUGUGCGUCUCGAAAAGCCUCACCGACGCCAUCUCCGAUUCUACGAAAUCCCGCGUUGAGGCGGUCGUUCCACAUCACGGCCCCCCGAGCUCGGGACCACCACUUCGAUACGCUGAAGUUUGUCCAAAGACUCCAGAGUGAGGGCUUUACGGAAGAGCAAUCGGUGGCGAUGAUGAAGGUCCUCAACGAUGUCAUUGAGGAAAGCAUACAAAACUUGACUCGUACCAUGGUCUUGCGCGAAGAUGCUGCGAAAGCAACCUACACACAGAAAGUCGACUUUGCGAAGCUACGAUCCGAGCUGCUCUCCGCAGACAGCACUGAGUCCAACACAACCCGGUCGGCGCACGAGCGGCUGACCAACGACAUUACCAAACUCAACAGCAGGUUGCGGGACGAGAUAGGGAGGACGCAGGCGUCGGUAAGGCUGGACCUUAAUCUGGAGAAAGGCCGGAUACGGGAGGAGGCUGUAAACCAGGAGUUGAAGAUCAAGGAGACGGAAACCAAGAUUGAGCAGGAGGUGGCGGCAUUGCGGGAGAAGCUCGAGCAGGUCAAGUUCCAGACGCUGCAAUGGCUGAUGGGUGUCUGCACUGGUUUUGCGGCGCUAUUGCUUGGUGCAUGGAGAUUACUUAUGUAAAUGGAUCGGGCGAGGUAGGUAAUUAGGUUAUUGUGGACAUCUGAGGCACUACUAGAUAAUGCUCGUCUGCUCACUUAUCCUACUGUGGGACAAGUUUGGUAGCCUCUUAUUUUGGUCCCUGACGUCCAGGGGCCUGUGGCUGAAAAGCACCGGCCUGUUCAGUCUGAGGUAUAUUAGCUUCAUCAUACUUAACACAGUGAUGUGUACAUGAGUGCUGGAGCAAGGAAACGAUCCACUCUCAUAACUUGAGUGAAGAGUAUGUGUGCAUAUUGCUUCAAAGAUCGUUUGGGUUGUUUUUCUGACUCGGUGAAGAGUAGCUAACGUGCUUAACUAGCUUAGUCCAUACUUACAUGCUCCCCGGUAACUUUCGACAAUGUUAACAAGUUGGAACAUUUGCAAAUAUAAUAUGACCCUGCCGUUGUUCUCAGAACUACACCAAUUUUCCCAUGAUGGCCAUGUAUGUAGGCAAUAAAAGACCCUUGACUGGGCGUCAACAAG